CACACCUUUCCACUUGGUUAUUGGGUGGACCAGACGCCGUAGCCCUGGGGAACACCACUGGUUACUGUAGACAUUGACGCCACAAUUUUUCCCUGCCAGCAGAAGCCACAAGAUACCUGUGCUACCCAGAGUAGGAAGAAGAGGGAUCAACCACAGGUUUGACAACUUACAAAGGAGCCAGAAAAAAUCCCCCCAAGAGGACUUGGGAGUUGAUUCCCAAGUCACCACCCCACUCCUUGGCCCUGAGGGCCAAGCUGGGCCUCAGCUGGCAGAGCAGCACCCGGCAGAGUAUGACCACCUCCCACUGACCCGGAAGCCCAGACCAGAAGUAUGUCAUCGACGGAGCAAGUAUGGCACACGGAGGUGCCCCCACCAGGCCUGAGCAGCCCCACCGUGCUGAUGCCCAUGAAGCCCAUGUCCCCUCCAGCCCCAGGCUCCCCUGAGGAUGGAUCAGAGAAGGUAUCGUCCCCGCUGGAAUGUUCCAUCUGCUUUACGGGAUAUGAUAAUAUCUUCAAGACACCGAAGGUCCUGUCUUGCACUCACGUCUUCUGCCUGGAGUGCCUGGCUCGGCUCAUGGCGGCCCAGCCUGCCGGGCAGUCGGACGACGCUAUACCCUGCCCGCUGUGCCGCCAGCCCACACCUGUGCCGCUGACCGGCGCCCCCGCCUUGCGCACCAACCAAGAGCUGCUGGCGUCACUGGCCCCGCAUCUGCGGAAGGAGGAGCCCGUCUGGAUGGACGGGAGCAAACUCUGCUACAGGCCCCCCUUGCCUCCUAGCACAUCCGAGCCUCCGGCUUGCAUCUGUGUGGACGUGGGCAUGAGCAAGCCAGAUACUGUCAAUCUCCCGUCCCCCAUCCCACCUCGACGCAGAGGGAUUCUGGCCAGGUGUUCCUACUGCAGUGACUGGAAAAGAAUCGUCCUCAUCACCGUGCUGCUGAUUAUCCUCUUCUGUAUCGUCCUGUGGCCCGUUCAGUGCGCCCUGAAGACUGGCAACCUACGCUGCUUCACGAACCGCCCCCCUCCCCCCAUAAUUCACCGGCCCACCCCCUCCAUUUUCCCUUUGAUUGAUAAUUAAUCAGGCUAGCCCCACCCCAACCCCCACCUCGUCUGAGUGCAAUAAUCUGGCCUGGACCCCUGGCUAGCCUGACUGCCCAGCCUUCUCAGCCCCCCAAGGUCUACGUCCAGAUUCUACCAUGGGACUGACUCUCAAGGACCUGAUUGUUUGGGAGGCAUGGGAGGGGGUGUGAAAUGAGGAGAUAAUUCUUAAUGGAGCUAUGACAGAUUCACAGACGAGUCAGAGCUGGAAGGGACCUUACUGGGCACCUACUCUAACUCCUUUACUUUACAAAGAAAAUGACUUGUCCAAGGUCACAAAAUGAACCAGGGACUGAGCUGGGAUUUGACCCCAAGUCUACUGGCUCCUGGCCUAGAGCUCUUUCUAAUGGAUCCUUUGUUAAAAUGUGAAAAAAGAAC